AUGGCUACCAUUUCUUCUCCUGAAGCUACUAGCUCAUUGAAAGUAAAGAAUCAGUUUGAAGUUUUAAGCUCUGAACAGGAGGACGAGGAAGAGAUUUACGAAACGAAGGUUAAAUCAUCGACUUUCUCACAGAAAGAAAUUGCGAUCAAUAACAAUAUAACCUCAAAAGAUCCGCGCUCCCAGAAUGAAAGUACUCCUCUCAACCCGACUCAUUAUCAAAUAUUACCCCAACUCAUCAUACUACAGCCAAAAGUAGCAGCGACAGCCCGAUCCUAAUUAUCGGCGAUUCUAUCAUCAAACAUAUUGAUCCUAAAAAGAUCUCCCGAAAGAAAACUAUUAAACGCACGUUUCCUGGCAAAACCGCAGAACAAAUAAAAUCUGAAGUGGAAUCUAUGGAGGUUGAAGUACUUCCUUCACACAUUAUUGUACAUGCUGGGACUAAUGAUCUUUCCGUGCAACCGCCGCAUAAUUGCGUUAAAAACAUCGAGAAUCUAGCUUUGUGUAUAAAAAAGAAAUUUACAGAUUCAAGAAUAGCAAUAUCCAGCAUAACUGUCAGAAACGACUUGGAUUUAAGCAAACAGAUCUCCACUGCUAAUGAAGAAUUACAAAAAAUGUGCUCUAAGAACGGGUUUGAUUUUAUUAAAAACAAUAAUAUUGAUGCUACAUGCUUAAAUGGCGGCCUGUUACACUUGAACUCAAAAGGAUCCGCAUUCUUGGCAACAAAUUUUAUUAAGUUCCUAAGGGGGAACAUUCCAGCUGCAUCAGA